AUCUUCAGAGGGGUCUUGUGAGUUAAUCAAACAGGAAAGUCAGAAUUUUUCUCUGUGAGCCAUAAAAAUUAUAAUGAUGUCCUGUGACCCAGGGGGUACUUCUCUCAUUUUUUCCAUUCAGAAUAAUCAGAUAGGUCCUCCUAAUAUCAGGUAAGGAGCUUGAAAUAAAUGUUACAAAUUCUGUUCCUAUUGGCAAAGAUGUUGCAAGUUUAACAGUAAACAAAUAAAGAUAAAUAAAUAAACAAACAAACAACCGAAUCAUUUAGGGUUUCUUUUAAAGUAAUAAUGAACCAAUUAAAGGUUUUCUGGUUUAAGAGAGCAAAAAUUCACCCUGGUUUACAAAUUGUAGCCAGGUAGACCUUUUUCUAAAGUUUCUAGUUCAUGCAGUGUCUCCCAUAUAAAUAUUAGCAUUAUUAUAGAUUGAGGAUAUUGAGAGUGACUGCAGCCUCCUCAGGUUGCACUGACCAGUUUGUGGUCUAUUAGUAAUGAUGGGACAGGGCUUUCAGACUGAACAGACUUCUUCAAAGACUAAAGAGACGAGAUUUCCCUGUAAGAAUGAAAUCCACCCACUCCAGAUCUCCCCAUUGGUCGCUGAUUGCCUGGAUGGAAUGGACAUGCUGAAGGGGAUGGUGCAUCUGUAAUCAGAGUGUCCUAUAGGAGUCUUUAGCGACCUUUUAGUGACCUCUUCUUCUACAGGAGGAUGCUGCUGUCACUUUAAAAAUGUCCUGAGAGAGAAGCCAGUGUCUGUGCUGGGAGAUAGCUGUGGACCCCUCUCCUCCUCUUUCUGGAUGGCCGCUCUCAUCCUCUUUAUAGAGACACUUCAGCAGUCACAUAGAGAACUUCACAGUUAACAUUGAAGACUUGGGAAGGGGAUGGUUCCCGGGAGGAUCUCACUCUGAAGAAAGGGAACAAGGGGGAUCUGCAGCCUUGGAGCUCCAUCCUGGGACAUAUUUGCAGGAAGACUCAUCAUUCCAGGACACUGAGGUUAGCAGGAUCUCCUUGCCUUCUGCUGGAAGACUUCCAGGCAUAUAGGAGAGAGCUGCUGUCACUUGGUGUGCCGUUGGACAUGGCAUUCUAGAGGGGACAUCCCAGGACAAGAGGGAUCUUCCAGCACCAGAGCAGACAGAAGGCAUCAGCCAGACUUCCAGGACUGGAGCUGUGAACACCCAGCAGCCUUGCAGCAGCUCCCUCCAGACACACAGUGGGGGUUAGGACUCUCCAGCAGGGACUGUGCUGAUUGCUGGUGUCUGGCUGAUAAGAGCAAAGAAAGUGAGAGAAAAGGGAGGCGUCCUGAGCAGGGAUCCUGGUGCUGACACUUGGCUGUAAUGGUGGUGCUGCUCUAGGCUGGGAUCUGCUGGCUUCCUUCUCCUCAGGUAAGUGAGCACUCCUCUGGCACUGGCUGUGAGGUGGAGGCUCAGCUCUUGGCUGUGCUCUGCACUUGUGGUUACACUUGGAGUUCCCCUGUGAAGUCGCAGGCGCUGUGUGCGCCUAGGUGUGCACUGCGCCUAUAUUUAUUACAGCGCUGGCAUCUCAUUCACCAUGCACUCCUUACCAAGUAAACACUGCUCCUCUCCUUAGACAUUUCCUUCAUACCAGUCAGGCCACUUUCUCAGCAUGAGGCCAUUCAUCCAGGGUAUUAGCAGUAAAUCCUCCAGGUGAUGUGAUAGUCCCCGGGAGACAGGAGGAAGAUCAGGUGCAGCAGAGAGAUCACAAGUUUUUACACGCUGCUACUUCCCAGACAGAGAGGACACUGGUCAGACACUGAGAUCUUGGAUGAACAUUGUAAUGUGAGAUUCUGCAUUGAUGCCAGUCAACCAGAUGUAGGCAACUGGCUGAAAUUUAUCAGAUUUGCUGGAUAUUACCAUCAGCACAAUUUGGUGCCAUAUCAGCUAAAUGACCAGAUAUUCUACAGAGUUGUAGCUGACAUUGAGCCAGGCGAAGAGCUCUUAUUGUUCAUGAAGAGUGAAGAUUAUACUCAUGCGACAAUGGCUCCUGACAUCCAUGAGGAGUGUCAGUAUCGCUGUGAGGAGUGCGAUCAGUUGUUUGAGUCCAAUGAUGAAUUGAGCGACCACCAGAAGUUUCCCUGUGGCACACCCCACUCUGCGUUUUCAAUGGUUGAGAGCAACUUUCAGCAGAAUCUCGAUGACGACAGUGACCUCAUUGAGAUGCAACACUCUCAAGAGUGUAAAGAAUGUGAUCAGGUGUUUCCAGACAUACAAAGCCUGGACAAGCACUUACAGUCGCACACAGAGGAGAGAGAAUAUAAAUGUGAUCAGUGCCCUAAAGCCUUUAACUGGAAGUCCAACUUAAUCCGCCAUCAAAUGUCACAUGAUACUGGAAAGCACUACGAGUGUGAGAACUGCUCCAAGCAGGUUUUCACGGAUCCUAGCAACCUCCAAAGGCACAUUCGUUCCCAGCAUGUAGGUGCUCGAGCCCACGCUUGUUCUGAGUGUGGCAAAACAUUUGCAACCUCAUCAGGUCUUAAGCAACACAAGCACAUUCACAGCAGUGUCAAGCCCUUUGUAUGUGAAGUUUGCCAUAAGUCUUACACUCAGUUUUCAAACCUCUGUCGACAUAAGCGCAUGCAUGCAGACUGCAGGACUCAGAUUAAAUGCAAAGACUGUGGACAAAUGUUCAGCACUACAUCAUCACUAAAUAAGCACAGGAGAUUUUGUGAGGGGAAGAAUCACUUUGCUGCUAGUGGAUUAUUUGGUCAAGGAAUUUCACUUCCUGGGACUCCCUCUUUGGACAAAGUUUCAAUGAUCAACAUGAAUCAUGCAAGUGCAGGACUUGCAGACUACUUUGGUGCUAGCCGGCAUGCUGCUGGUCUUACUUUUCCAACAGCCCCUGGGUUCUCUUUUAGUUUUCCAGGUCUGUUUCCUUCAAGCCUAUAUAGACCUCCAUUAAUGCCUGCCAGUUCUCCUGUGAAAGGACUUCCAAGUAUUGAACAGGCAAAUAAGGGCCCCCAUAUGAAUCGACCACAAAUCCUACCAGCAACACAGGACAUUUUGAAAGCACUGAAUAAGCACCCAUCUAUGGGUGAAAAUAAAAUCAUGGAUUUUAUAGGAGAAAAUAAUUCUGUUGAAAGGCUUCAUGACAAAAUGAGUGACCAGUCGGAGAGCAGUGACCUGGAUGAUGUCAGCACACCAAGUGGUAGUGACUUAGAGACAACUUCUGGUUCUGAUCUCGAAAGUGACAUUGAGAGCGAUAAAGAAAAAUUGAAGGAAAAUGGUAAAAUAUAUAAAGACAAAGUUAGCCCAUUGCAAAAUCUAUCUGCAUUGAACAGUAAACGAGAAUUUAACAAUCACUCUGUUUUCUCACCAUGCUUGGAGGAACAGACAGCUGUUUCAGGGGCUGUUAAUGAUUCCAUAAAGGCAAUUGCCUCCAUUGCUGAGAAGUACUUUGGUUCAACGGGACUAGUUGGUCUGCCAGCCAAAAAAGGUGGAUCUUUACCCUACCCAUCUAUGUUUCCCCUUCCUUUUUUCCCAGCAUUUUCUCAAUCCAUGUACCCAUUUCCCGAUAGAGAUGUAAGACCUGCUAUUCCAAAAGUUGAACCAGAGUCGCCAAAAGAAAUAAAGAAAACUCCAAAGGGGAAUGUAGAAUCUCCUUUUGAUCUUACCACAAAGCGUAAGGAAGAAAAAGUAUCAAAUGUGCCAUCAAAGCCACUGACUCCAGCAUCUUCUGGUCCUGAUCAACCUUUAGACUUAAGUAUGGGUAGCAGAAGUCGAGCUGGUCCAACAAAACAGGCUGAGCAGCCCAGAAAGAACCAUAUAUUUGGAGACAAAAAAGAUAUUGAAGUCGAACAAAUGAAACCAUCUGAACACUGUUUGCAGCAUGCAAGGCCUGCACCUUUCUUCAUGGACCCCAUUUACAGAAUGACUGAUGAUAACCUGAAUAUCGACAAUUUCAGGGUCGAAAAGAGAAAGCUAAUGGAUCCACUUGAGGUUCUCAAAGACAAAUAUUUAAGACCUGCACCUGGAUUCUUAUUUCAUCCACAGUUCCCAUUGCCUGAUCAGAGAACCUGGAUGUCGGCAAUAGAAAAUAUGGCUGAAAAGUUGGAAAGCUUCAAUGCCCUUAAACCGGAGUCCAGUGAGCUGAUACAGUCAGUUCCUUCCAUGUUCAAUUUUCGAACAUCACCAGCUGCCCUGCCAGAAAAUAUUCUUCGAAAAGGCAAAGAACGAUAUACCUGCAGGUACUGUGGAAAAAUCUUCCCCAGAUCUGCAAACUUAACUCGUCAUCUGCGGACCCACACAGGAGAGCAGCCUUAUCGAUGCAAAUACUGUGACCGAUCCUUCAGUAUCUCUUCAAAUCUCCAGAGACAUGUCCGCAACAUUCAUAACAAAGAAAAACCAUUUAAAUGUCAUCUUUGCGAUAGAUGUUUUGGUCAGCAAACCAACCUGGAUAGACAUUUAAAGAAGCAUGAGAAUGGCAACAUAUCUGGUACAGCUGCAUCAUCCCCUCACUCAGAGUCUGAAGGCACUGGUGCCGUUUUGGAUGACAAAGAGGAUUCCUAUUUCACUGAAAUAAGAAAUUUUAUUGGGAACAGCAGUCAUACCAAGCAUUCACCCUUAAACCAAGAAGAGAGAAUGAAUGGUGCCCAGGACAAAAUUAUGCUGACUGGUCGGAAUUCUGAUAUCCUGGAUGAUGAUGAGAUUGAAGAUGAUACUAUCCUGGAUGAAGAUGAUGAAGAAAGUGAUAUUGCAGGGAAAUCGAUGAAGGAACCCAACUCAAGCCUACUUGAAAAUUGCAAUGACAAUGAUUUUGAAGAAGCAAGUAAAGCUGAAUUACACUGUAAAGUCUCGCCCAGCAGGUAUGAUGAUGAUGAUGAAGAUUUCAAAACUGGUCUAUCUGCUUUGGAUCACAUAAGGCACUUCACGGACAGUCUUAAGAUGAGGAAAAUAGAUGAGACUCAAUACAGUCAUGAUGAUCUCUCUACUUUCACAUCCUCACAUUUGGCAGAAGACUUAAAACAGCCAAUUUAUAAGAAGGGCAAAUCCCAGGCAUAUACAAUGAUGCUGUCCCUGUCUGACCAGGAACCAAUCCAUGCAACAGGCCACAAUUCCACCAGCAUGUGGCACAAUAUGGCAAGGGCAGCUGCUGAAUCUGCUGCUCUCCACUCAGUCAGUCAUGUAUGACAUUUUGCGGGUACCUCCAUGGGACCAAGUCCAACACUUCGCAUGGCUCUUCUAGAUGUGAUUUUUUUUUUUUUAGGAAACAAAAUAGAGAAAAGACUGAAGAGCAGGAUGCCUUAUUACCUGCAGGGUCAUCUCAAAUCCCGGUGACCUUAAAUUGAGUAAUUUAAGUAAAAAAAACUAUUUAUUCUCAUUGUUUUGUUUUGCACAGCAAAGGCAGCUGCUGAUUUCCUGAGCAAAAAAAGACAAAAUAUCAAAACUUUGGACUUUGGUGGACGAUGAGUCUUCCAGCUCAUUUUGUGUUAUCUUGACACAUAUACAAGCACUCAAAAAAAGGAGAAAAAAAAAACAGAAUAAUUUUUUAUACACACUGAUUUACUACAAGUGUGGCAGAAAGAGUUGCUUCAUUAUAGACAUUUUCUAUAACAUGAGCUUCAUGUAUUUAAACACUUUGGAAACAGAAGUAGUUAUUUACAAAUGUACAUUAUCACUUAAUGUAGAAAAUAACAGGGAAUCAUUUGUUCUUUCCUUAAAUGUGUCUUAAUUGUUUUUUGGGGAAAAGCAAUUAUAUGUAUAUUCCGAAUUUUGCAAUGUCCAGUACUCAAAGAGAAGAUCAAUAUAGGCCAAUUUCAUUGCUGAUACCACUAAUAUAUCUCACAGUUCAAUGUUUGCCAAAUCAAUGUGUUGACGUUUUAAUUUUAGACAAUCAUGUCAGUGUUUUGACUUUUUUUGCUUGUAUACUUGUAUUUAUUUCAUUUUUUUUAUUGUUGGCUCCAGAUAGCACUGUUACAUUUCUUAUUUUGUCAAAGGCACUCAUGCAUUUCAAUAUUGUCUGGAUACAGAUUUAUGUAUGUGUGUGGAGAUUUUUUGUGUUUUGGAUUUUCUAACACAAUACUUCUUCAAGGUGAAACUAGAUUCAGUUCUUAUUUUUUUUUUUUCCACUUGUACAAAUUCUUUUAAUUUCUUUCAUGAAAGCAUGAUUCUCCUGAUUAAAAUUGUAUUUGUUAUUUUAUGCUGUUUGUCUGUAAGCUUGUGUGUUACGUUCUUGUUAAUCCUGUUUUGUAAAAGGAAGUGUUCCAAUCCUGUUUUAAAAAAAAGUGUAACUUUUUUUCCCUUUUUGAGGGACCGAAUUUUUUUUUUCAAUUUUUUUUCCAAUUUUUUUUUUAUAAUCUCAUUUUGAAUAAUUGAGGUACUUUCUUUAAUUGUUUUGUAUAAUUGUAAUUGUUACACAUUCAAUACAUUAUUUUGGGAGGAGUGAAUACAUGAAAAUAAAGAACUACAAUGUUGGAAGGUCAGUC